GAGCCGGCGGCAGCGGCACUCUGUCGGGAGACGCAGCGGCGAGGCGGACCGUCCGCAGGACUCAUCGGCCAGAGCAGGAAGAGAGAAGAGGUACCAAGAGCUCCAGAGAGAAGUCGAGGAAGAGAGAGAUCGGAUCAGAGAGAGCGCGCGGACGAACAAGCAGCGAGAGGACAGGGGCAAAGUGAGUGACCUGCUUUUGGGGGUGACCGCCGGAGCGCAGCGUGAGCCCUCCCCCUUGGGAUCCCGCGGCGGACCAGUGGAGCUGACGGACAGACAGACAGACACCGCCCCCAGCCCCAGCGCCCACCUCCUCCCCGGCCGGCGGCCGACGGUGGACGCGGCGGCGAGCCGCGGGCCGGAGCCGGAGCCCGCGCCUCGAGACGGGGUGGAGGGGGUCGGGGCUCGCGGCGUUGCACUGAAACUUUUCGUCCAACUUCUGGGCUGUUCUCUUUCCGGAGGAGCCGUGGUCCGCGCUGGGAGAACCGAGCUGAGCGGAGCCGAGAGAAGUGCUAGGUCGGGCCAGGAGGAACCGCAGCCAGAGGAGGGGGAGGAGGAAGAAGAGAAGGAAGAGGCCCUGGCCCCAGUCUCUGCUGCGGGAGGAAGAGGAGCCCACCAAGGCGCCAAGGAGAGCGGGCCGUCCCGCAGCCAGAACCCAAGAGGGAGUGCGAGCCACGCCGGCCAGGGUCGGGUGUCCGAAACCAUGAACUUUCUCCUCUCUUGGGUGCAUUGGAGCCUUGCCUUGCUGCUCUACCUCCAUCAUGCCAAGUGGUCCCAGGCUGCGCCUGCAGCAGAAGGCGAGAAGGAUUCCAACGUGAUGAAGUUCAUGGACGUCUACCAGCGCAGCUACUGCCAUCCGAUGGAGACUCUGGUGAACAUCUUCCAGGAGUACCCUGAUGAGAUUGAGUACCUCUUCAAGCCAUCCUGUGUACCCCUGAUGCGAUGCUCGGGCUGCUGCAGUGAUGAAGGCCUGCAAUGUGUGGCCAUUGAACAGUCCAACGUCACUAUGCAGAUUAUGCGGAUCAAACCUCACCAAAGCCAGCACAUAGGAGAGAUGAGCUUCCUACAGCACCUCAAAUGUGAAUGCAGACCAAAGGAAGAUAAAGACAAGCAAGAAAGAAAAUCAGUUCGAGGAAAGGGAAAGGGGCAAAAACGAAAGCGCAAGAAAUCCCGGUAUAAAUCCUGGAGCGUUCCCUGUGAGCCUUGCUCAGAGCGGAGAAAGCAUUUGUUUAUACAAGAUCCGCAGACGUGUAAAUGUUCCUGCAAAAACACAGACUCGCGUUGCAAGGCGAGGCAACUUGAGUUAAACGAACGUACUUGCAGCAUGUUAGAAGGGAAAGGCAGCCUGGUACCUGGGCCCGCAACUACCAACCAGCUCGAGAGAGAUGAAGCCUCCAGCCAAGGCCAGGAGGUGGGCAUGGGGAAUGGAGAUGUUCCGUCACCUGCCCAGGGCCCCAGGCCCCUCCUGCUCCACUCCCUCGGAAGCCUCAGGUCCCCAGAUGUGACAAGCCAAGACGGUGAGCUGGGCGAGAGGAAGGAGCCUCCCUCAGGGUUUCAGGAACCAGACGUCUCACCAGGAAAGACUGAUACAGAAUGACCGAUAUAAAACCACGCUGCCGCCACCACACCACCAUCACCAUCAACAAGACAGUCCUUAAUCCAGAAACCUGAAAUGAAGGAAGAGGACACACUCUGCGCAGAGCACUUUGGGUCCGGAGGGUGAGACUCCGGCAGAAGCAUUCCCGGGCGGGUGACCAAGCACGGUCCCUCUUGGAAUUGGAUUCGCCAUUUUAUUUUUCUUGCUGCUAAAUCACCGAGCCCGGAAGAUUAGAGAGUUUUAUUUCUGGGAUUCCUGUAGACACACCCACCCACAUACAUUAUAUAUAUAUAUAUAUAUAAUAUAUAUAAAAAUAAAUAUAUAUAUUUUAUAUAUAUAAAAUAUAUAUAUUCUUUUUUUAAAUUAACAGUGCUAAUGUUAUUGGUGUCUUCACUGGAUGUAUUUGACUGCUGUGGACUUGAGUUGGGAGGAGAAUGUCACCACCCAGAUCCUGACAGGGAAGAGGAUGGGACAAAAGACUCUGGCAUAAGCUUUUUUUUUGUCCCUCUUAGGGGGGACCAGAUCCGCUCCCUGUCUGGGAAUAUACAAGGCCAGGGCACGGGGGCAAAUAUGACCCACUUUUGAGAACACUGACAAACCCAGCCCUGGCCCCAAGCCUCUACCCUCAGUCAAACGGAUGGAAAGACGUGUGACAGGUCCAGUGACGAGGAUGCUGGCUCUGACUAGGAGUUUGGAGAGCUUCAGGACGUUGCUGUGCUUUGGAGAUCCUCUUCACAUGUUGUGUGGGCAUGUCGCCCCCAGGGGCAUUGUCUGGAAGAUUCAGGAGCCUGCAGGGGUUCCUCUCCUCUCACCUGCUUCCUAGAUGCCCACGAGGCCACUGACAGAUAACCCGGCAAAGAGAAGAGAGAUGUUGGCAGAAGAAGCAGCCUGGAGACAGCUCCUCCUGGGACCCAAACCUGGUCCGCUUACUUCUCCGCUUCCUGGGGUCUAGCCCAGGGGGACCUAAUCUCCUCAGACCAUUGAAACCACUAGUUCUGUCCCCCCCGCCCCCCAGGAGACCUAGCUGUGUGUGUGAGUGGUUAAUCCUCCUCCAUCCCACAACCCUUCCCUUCCUGAGGCACAGAGAGACAGGGCAGGAUCCAUGUGCCCACUGUGGUGGCAGAGAAAAGAGAAAGUGUUUUAUACGUGUAUACGGUACUUAUUUAAUAUCCCUUUUUAAUUAGAAAUUAAAACAGUUAAUUUAAUUAAAGGCUAGGUUUUUUCAGUAUUCUUGGUUAAUAUUUAAUUUCAACUAUUUAUGAAAUGUAUCUCUUGUUCUCUCUUGCGCUCUCUUAUUUGUAUUGGUUUUUAUGUAUAAAAAUCAUGUUUCCAAUCCCUUUCUCCCUAAUCGGUGAUAGUCACUAGCUUGUCCUGAACAGAUAUUUAAUUUUGCUAACACUCAGCUCUGCCCUCCCCUUUCCCCUGGCUCCCCACCACACAUUCCUCUGAAAUAAGGUUUCAGUAUACAUCUACAUACUAUAUAUAUAUUUGGCAACUCGUGUUUGUGUAUAUAUAUAUAUAUAUGUUUAUGUAUAUAUGUGAUUCUGAUGAAAUAGACAUUGCUAUUCUGUUUUUUAUAUGUAAAAGCAAAACAAGAAAAAUAGAGAAAUCUACAUACUAAAUCUCGCUCCUUUUUUAAUUUUAAUAUUUGUUAUCAUUUAUUUAUUGGUGCUACUGUUUAUCCGUAAUAAUUGUGGGGGGAAAAGAUAUUAACAUCACGUCUUUGUCUCUAGUGCAGUUUUUCGAGAUAUUCCGUAGUACAUAUUUAUUUUUAAACAACAGCAAAGAAAUACAGAUAUAUCUUAAAAAAAGCAUUUUGUAUUAAAGAUUUUAAUUCUGAUCUCAAAA